AUGGCACCGUCCAGGCGCAGUCAUGCCAACAACACGGCUUGCGUUAUCCCUGGAGGAUUUACAGUGUUGCCCUUGAAGUUUAACUCAGACACAAAAUCUGAACACAAGUUGUACGUGAAGGAGCACAAAGUUCGGGCAGAAAAGAGUUCCCACCGACCGCUCGACCGGACGUUGUUUGUCCUCAACAUCCCACCAUACUGUCCGGAGGAUGUCGUCAAAGAACUGUUCUCACGGUUUGGCUCUGUUAAGUCAGUGGAGUUGAGUGACCACCCGGGCUCAUUGCUUCAGUCUGGGCCCAAACUGUCCAGAUUCUUUACACCAGCUCCAAAACAGAGCUUCAACGUUGGUUACAUUGUCUUCCGAAGCCCGUCCUCCGUUUCAGCCGCUAAAUCGCACCCCUGCAACGUGCCUUUGGUGGUCUGCUCACCCCAGCGAACAGUUAAGACAGGAGUAUCAAAAUGGAUCCAGCAGUACAAAGACUCCUUUGUUGAUGCGGACACGCUACAAAAUGUAGUCGAUGAGUUCAUGAAGGACUUUGACAAGAAGAAAGAAGAAGAAGAGAAGCGCUUGAAGCAGGAGGCGGAGCAACAAAAAGAGGAUGAGGAAGGCUGGGUGAAAGUCGGCAGGGGGCAAAAAGGCAACAAAGCACGUCCCCACAGUGAGGCCGCCAACCAAAAGACCCUCCGGAAGGAGAUGAUGAAGAAAAAGAGGAAGGAGCUCGUGAACUUCUACUCUUGGCAGCAUAAAAACACUCAAAAAGAACAUAUUGCUGAGCUCAGGAAAAAGUUUGAGGAGGACAAACAGAGAAUAGCGCUACUGAGGGCACAAAGAAAGUUUAGACCAUAUUAA